AUGUCACUGCCUAGCAAGGAAACCGUCCUAGUCGUUGGGGCAACCGGGAACAUUGGUGUGUCGGCCGUUAAGGCGGUGCUGCAAACAGGGCGUCAUGUGCUGGCUGUCGUUCGCAACGAGGCUUCAGCAACCAAAUUGUUCUACCACGUAGGAACCACGGAGGGAAUCACAACCGUCCUAGCCGACCUCUCUUCGGAGAGUGGGGUGAAAAACAUCGUUGAGCAAGUCAAAGCUGGCAAACUUCCCGCGUUUCAACAUGUCUAUGCCGCAGCCGGUGGAGGGUAUUCGGCCACGCCGUUACAGGACAUCGGUACAGAGGAAUUGCGCCAGAUAAUGACAGUCAACUUCGAAUCGAACUUUUGGACAUAUCGUGCAACGAUCCCGUACCUGCUCCAUCAGAAUGACCCGCGCAGUACCUGGACUCUCUGCACAGGCUCGCAGGGAGAUCUAGGGGCCCGUGCCCCACCCGCUCUCACUCAAGGUGCAUUGUUCUCUCUAGCCAAUGUGGCAUGCCGCGAUAACUACAAGACCAAUGUCCGUUUCAAUGAGGUCUACCUAGCGCUGCGUGUUGAAGUCGACGAAUCGGCGGCUAAGACAGGCGCAAUGAAGGCCACCGAUUUUGCUAAAUGCUACGCUGCGCUGCUCUCCAGUCCGGAGAUCCGCAGCAGCCGUGUGAGCGUGUUGAGCUAUGAUGAUCUGGAGAUUCUAAAGUACCAAACGAAAGUGAAGCUAUAG